UGUUGCCUUGCACUCAGAGGAGGCUGCGUUUCAGUGCUGCCUUUGUGUACACGUCAGUAACAUGCCUUGAGUUGCAAGGGCUUGUUUAUUGUCUGAGACUCCCAUUCUCAGGGCUGUGUUCACAUUCUAGAACCGACAUGAGGAAAAAAGAAAAGGUUCUAGAGUUAAUGUCUCUGAGCACCCAGUUGAUAGCCUUGAACCUUCAGUGCAGGACAAACACGAAGUUCUUUAAAACAGUUUACAAUAGCUUCCCCAGCAAGCCUUAGGCUGUGAUGAGAUAAUCCCAACUGCUAUCCACCCUCUCCCAUCGACCAAAGCUGUUCCAGAGGGGAGAGUCUACUGCCGAACUCGACUACAAAACCCCCAUGCUUAUAUAGUGAAACGUAUUAAAACAAUCUUUGCCCCAGCAUUGUUCUCUGGCUGUUAACCUUAGUGACCAGAGGAUCAGUAAGAAUCUUGGGAUGGUUUGAUGCCAUUUAAUUGCACUGCUUGAAUGAGGAUCUAGACUGGCUAAUGGAGAUGAGGCUGGUUGGAAUUGCCAUUCUUCUUGGGAUGGCAGAUGUUCUCCAUGCCUUUGCAAUCAUGGAGAAGGAAGAUGUAUUCAAGAAAACACCCUGCCCGGCCUUCCUGAUGUUUGACAAUGCUGCCUACUUGGCUGACAUGAGUUUUGAGCUCCCUUGUAAGUGCAAGCCAGAGGAGGUCACCUCAGUCGUGUGGUACUUUCAGAAGAGCAUGGGCAGCCGGCAGACCAAGGUCUUAACAGACUUCGAUGGAACCAUGUUCUUGGACGCGGGCCACAUCCGUGUGGGCAGCGACAUGCUGAAGCGUUUCAGCAUUAGGAUGUUCAGUCUCAUCAUCUUCCAGGCCCAGGUGAAGGAUUCAGGCCACUAUCUUUGUGGUACCAAGGCAGGGGACUUCUUCUAUGGCUAUGAUGUGGAUGUGCAGCCCUCCAAGGCCAUCACAGUGGCCUUUGAGGACAGGAGCCAGCACCCACAGAAGGAUCAUACAGAAGAGCAUUUCAGCAUGUUCACCACCUUUUGGGACUGGACCAAGUGUGACCGCUGUGGGGUGAGAGGUGAGCAACGAAGAAUUGGCCUCUGCUACGUGAAGAGCGCCUACCUUUACCCCAGGUACCGCACAGUCCCGACAGAUGUGGUGUCCUGUGGCUCAAGAUCUGUCCCCGGGCGCUUCCAGGGCAUCAUCCGGCGCAGGAAGCCCGAGGUUGUCAUCCGAAGCUGCCUGACACCCUGUGUAAAGACAAAAGGUCCCGAGGAAGGAGUGCUGUCCAUCUCCAAUCUCAUUGCAAAGAUUGGCCAGAAACCCUGGCUGCCCAAAGUCCCCAUUCAGUUCCACAAGCAACUCCUUGGCAGCGGUCUGAUAAUUGCCUGCCCCGGGGCCAGGCCAGAGCAUGCAGUGGCAUGGGACAAAGAUUCGACUCGAUUGUACCGCACCAGCUUCCUCACUGGGGUCAACAGAAGCAUGCGGGUCUUCAUUGACCAUGGCAACCACCUGCAUAUUCGAUUUGCCCAGCUGGACGACAGGGGCACUUACUACUGCUGGCGUGAGGGGCAAAUGGUUGCUGGCUUCCGGCUCUCCGUGGGGUUCCAAGGUCACCGCAAGCGAACCCUCGAUGACCCCGAGACGAGAUAUGCCAUCAAGGCCAUCCUCACAAGCUAUGUCCUCAUCACCAUGGUGUUCGUCGGCAUCCACAUCAGCCGCUGCUGCUGUUAUGUGUUCAGAUGCACUCCCAUGGAGUAGCCUCACUGAUGAGCGCUGGCUGCAGGCCAGGGAAAUUAUUUCUCUUGUUCGUUCGUGAUUAUGUCUUGGAACAUUUUCGCUUGGGCUAUUGGGAAAUUUCCUAAUGCACAUUAGCAAUAAAUGCAAGCAAAAUGCUA